UUUCUAAAGAUUGGCAGUUGCUUCGCGAACUUGCUUUCAAUCAUUACAACUUUACGUCACUUUUACCAGUUUAUAGUAAAAUUACUUUUUACUUGAUUUUGAUAGAACGUGUUUGCAGUCUCAACGGUCUCAUUGAAUUAAACGACAAAAUUAUUAUUAUUCGUCACUAAUUAAGAAGAAUUCAACAAAAACUUCAAUUGGAAUUCAACAUUUUAUUUCAAUCGCUCAGAUAGAUUUCAUUGAGGUUGGAAUUGGAUCUUCAUUCAACAUGUCGUGUAACAUCGAUUCUUUAAAAUCGAUAUCUCGUAGCAUUCAAGAUAUUGCAUGAUGCUGUUGUUUGUUGCAAUCUUCUGUUAGUAAAAUUAAACGUUACUGACUUACAGGAUAAGAAUCAAAUAAUUUUCAAAUGAAGAAGUAUGUUGUAGCAAGUUAUUAAUAAUGUAUUCAUAAAAUACAAUUAUUACAUACUAUUUAACUAUGUGUUGAGAAUUAUGAAAUUAAAUUGAAUGAUUGCUUUAAAAAUAUUCAACAUUUUAUAAUUGAUAUAAUUUAUUUAAAAAAUACAAAGUAAUGAUGUUAAAGAAACUUAUCCAUAAAGUUCCUGGUGAAAUACCAGCCCCUUCUAAAAAAGAAAAUCAAGGAUAUAUAGAAGACUUAGGAAUGAAACAGAAAUUUGAAUUAGAAGAACUGUUGGAAAGACAAAACAAAAUUCUUGCUAAUAAAUCAUUUGUAAUGAAGCUUCCAGAUAAAGGGCAAAAAAUUCAAAAAUUUCGUGACAAAAUAUUGAAAGAAAUAGAAAGUAAGAAUGAGAUUGAACAAGCUGCUGAUCUUUUAUCAAGACUAAAUCUGGCAUCUGAAGGUAAAAAUGCUAUGAAUGAAUUAGAAUGGACUGGUAAAUAUACUGAAAAAAGAGAUGUGGUCAAGAUUGUUGAACUUGACAGUGAUGAUGAAGAAGAUCCACUAAAAAUAUUAGCUCAACCUACAGGUUCUGGUGCACAUAAAAAGAAAAUUAUCCAUUUACCACCAGAGGAAAGUUUGAUUAAACCAGAAGAUUUAAUAGAAAUAGAAUCACUUAAACAAGAAGAAUCUGAAGAGGUAGAACAUGUUAAGUACAUUCUCAAUAGAGUAGAAAAGCCUUCAGAAGGAAAAGAUAAGAAAAAGGAACCAUUUAAACCAUAUAAAACUACUAAAUCUGAUGUACACAAUCCAGAAAAAGAAAAACAAAGAAAGCCAAAUAAACAUUGGGAAGUUACAGCAGCCACUCCACCACUCAUAGUUCAUGGUGCAGUACAAGUUAUAAAUUUAAAUGACUCCCUAAAACUGCAGAAGGAAUAUAAAGAAAAACUUCAAGAAAUUCAAGCGAAGCAUGCAGCAGAAAGAUUAGCAGAACAACUUGGUUUGCAUACUAUUGGUGCUCCAUCGGAAAAUGUAGGCAAUUACCGAUUGCAUGAAAACGACUCUAGUUCAUCUUCCACUUCAGACGAUGAAGAAGAAACUGAAGUUCACGAUGAUGAGGAUAAUGACAAAAGGGGCACAGUUGUUUUUACAGUAGACAGUAUAGAGCAUUAAUCUAAUCUAUUUUAUU